AUGGCAGCAAACGCUCAGUGUGCCGCAGCAAGGCUUCAGUCCGCGGCGCCGAUCGGUUCACGGGUCUCCGCUCCCGCUGCUCAUGCACCAGCCUCUAAUAGAACGGAAUCCAGCGUACACACAAGCCGGAAUGACGAUCUUGGAAAGAGGCGCAUUCAAACAAAAACGUCCGGCCCUCGAAAACCCGCCAGCCUGCCACUCCUCAGUUUGAAGGGACAGUGGAUCUGCGGCGAGUGCGACAAAACGUGCAUCGUUAUUCGAGAAGAAUGCCGAUGCCUGUGCGGCCACCGUUUGAAGGAGCACACCAAGGGCGUUGCCGCGGCUCUAGAGGGGGCGACGAAGUUUGGCUGCACGAACGGAAAGUGCGGCUGCCGCGAUUUUUUCUACAUUGUGGCUGAAGGCGCGUGGAUCCUGAGGUCGGCGACACGCAGAGGAGGAAUUGACCUGCAAGGGAGCCCUGGGCAAGCGCAACACGGGGUACAGCGACAGAGGGUGAAGGAGGGGGACGCUCUUCUGCACACGAGCCGCAUGCAUAAGCUUGGGCGUUCACUGGGCACGUUACUGACUAGUGGCAUCUCCCUCGACCCGUGGCAAGAGAUACCGCUUGGCUACUAG